GUUCGAAUCAGUCGUUUGUACAUAAUUAAGUGAUCGCUCAUCAUACGAUAAUAUUCUUAGCCAAGUUCAAAUGCGUAGCUGCGCGACGAAAAUGCGCCGGAACCGAAGAGUAUUGAACAACAAUACCACGAUAUUCAGCUGGGGUAGUCCAGGAUGUUUUUGACACUUGUUGGAUGGUUUGUCUUACCGUCGCUAGCAGCGCAAGUCCCGUUGGGCUUGUCGCCUCAUGGCAAGCCAUCACUGGAACUCGGAACUGCGUCUGCGAUAGCUCAACCAUAUAACUCUGCUAACCCUCUGGACUCGGAUAGCCUCGAUCGUUCAUCUUGGCGGCUUGAUGAGCCACCUCCUGCUAAUGAAACAGGUCACUUUGUUUUUGAAACUGUGAACUCGCUGCUCCAGCAUUGGCCGAACACGCGCUAUCGGAAUGGCCAUACAAUGGUUCCUGGUGUAAUUCCCAAAGGCACCUUGUUAUAUCAUGGAGCUGUCAAUGACACAAUCCCUACGGUCCCCGAGUGGACGGCCACAGAUCCAGAACACUCCAUCCUCUUCUGCGAAGGCUCUCCAGAUACAGGAUGUUGGCACUUGACACUUGCAGCAACUCGUCCUCUCAAAGUCCUUUAUUUUGAUGGAACUAGCGCAGGCAAUACCUUAAAUGGUACUCUUGACACUCAGGAUAUCAUUGCAUGGGGAGAAUUGAGACCUGACUGGCGGUUCGAAGAGGACCAGCGCAUCGAGGACUUGUGCAAAUGGGGAGUACAGUAUGCUGUUGAUGGGUUUGUUCGAAUGGAAAUGGACUUUGAAGUCAUGCUCUGUGAUUUUACGGCUGGCCUGGAAGUCGUCUCCUGGUCUCACCUUGCCAGCAUCGUUGAACCCGUGUCUACGGUCCCAACAAUACCAAACCCCUUUCUGCUCCGCAUGUUUGAAGUGAUGCACGCAGGGUCAUGGCACAAUCGAUACCCUGGGGAUACACGGAUAAACCUUGAUCUGGCCGGAAUCGUCUCACUAUACGAUACUGCCCUCGCACCGUCACUCAUAGGUUCACGCGACGGCCAGGAACGGUGUGACCACGGCAUAAGAGCCAUAUCUUCUGCGGAUAUUGAGGCGGUCAGGCGUAGCGUCUCUCACACAUUAGAGCGAGAUCAGGGUGACACCAGUGGCAUUGACUGGAAAACCCUUUUCAGAGUUAUCGUAGAACGUUAUUCGGAGCGCUUCGACUUGAUGGACUACCUUCUCAACUCGGAAAAUAGCACAAUUGUGGAUCGGGCACUAAAGGUGCAUGUCCAGUUACGCGUGAUGCUCACGCCAUACAUUUUCCACUCUACUGUGCCCCCCCGCACACCGUAUGACUUAUCUAACUCUUGGGCAGCACCAGUAUUCAAAGCAUGCGGGACUGCGCACACGUCGCCAAUGGUAUCAUAUAUUUCGAGCUUGAACCCCUCAGAACGCCUUCUGUUGCAGGCAGUACAGGAGACUGCACGUGAGAUAUGUCGCGUUAUCACAAAAAUGUGGGCGUCCGGCGUCCUUGCAGGUCUUGAUAUAUACCAUCCCCGCGAUUCCACUCCGGAUGCUGCGCAAAUGGUCCACCUGAUGGGUUCGUGGAGGCAAGAAUUAAGUGCUUUGAUGACAUGGCUAGACUGGAGCGUGUGGGUUAGGUGUCGUCCAGCUUGCGGGCCUGAGGAAAUGUGUUACCUUCCUUCCUGGCCCAUAAACGUGCCAAGGGGUCGGCGGCCACGCCAUCCUCCGCACAGACAAUUUGAAAGCAGUGAUAUUAUCAAUACAUCCUUUCCAGACAGCCUACCUCUCACGCACGGGCUCCUCAUGCAACUGACGAGUCCGCAGGAUGAUGACUGGAGGAAGCCCCAGCCCAGGUGCAUUAGGCGAGUUGCGCCAUAUGGUUUCUAGGUUUUCAUCUAAUGCUAGUAUCUAAUGUCAUCCUUCUGGUGAUAACCAGAGACUUGUUACCACUUAGAUGUCGUAAUACGCACAGC